CCAAGUUUCUGCGAGGUCAGCUGAUCGCUCUUCACCUCGUCAUGAACCAAAACACAGCCUGCUGUAGAGCUAGCUAGGCAGCUGCAGCCACGAGUUAUGACUGCAUAUGUCAGUUUGUCAUUAUGUAACCAGGUUCUGGCCUCAAUAAGAAAUUUUGAGCCUCUGGCAACUGAGCAGAGUGAAAGCUUCAACUGGAGAUUAAUUAUGCCUCAUGUGUAAAAAUGGGAGGAAGCGGAUCCAAAGUCAAAGGCGUCUGGCCUUUCUCAGGCAGCGGAGGCAAUUCUGGACAUGAUGGAAAUGAGCAGUCUGUGGCCCGUCUGAAAAGUGCAGCACCAUUUGUUUUCACAAGGAGGAGUUCCUUGUAUUACGAUGAGGACGGCGACCUGGCCCACGAGUUCUACGAGGAGACAGUGGUGACAAAAAAUGGCAGGAAGAAGUCCAAGCUGAGGAGGAUCCAGAAGAAUCUGAUUCCUCAGGGGAUCGUGAAGCUCGAUCACCCCUGUAUUCAUGUGGAUUUUCCCAUCAUCCUCUGUGAGGUGUGAGGCUGCACAGGACUGAUGGUCUGCAGCCAGAGCAGAGACCCGUUACAGCGGGACCGUGGUCGAGACAGAGCAGAUGGUCCUGGAGAAGAAAAGGAACGCUCAUACCUUUUAAGCUGUAGUCAUGGGGUGCAAUGUUUGCAGCAUCUCACAUUUUGACAUUCACUACAGUAGUGCUGGUACACGUGAUGUUCCCACUAACCAGCUGGUGUGUGAGCAGUCUACAUCACGGAUGUGAAAAGGCUUUAAUGGAUGAUAUCUGUGAGAUGUAGAGUUUUUUUUACAUAUGUGGAUACUAUGUUUGGGUGAAAGAGAGAUUAUAGGAAUACUUGUGUGACAUUUAAUCUACACACGUUCGGUAACGUCAUGUCUGAGUCUGUUGUAGCUACUGGAACUCAGACCUGCACUAGUGAACAUGACAUUCUGUAAAUAACCUCAGAGUUCUUAGUUGGAAAUACUUGAAUAAAUGUUUUACUGAGCAGCGA